CCACUCCCCCAUUUCAAACAUCAUAAUCUGAACUACAAUACAAACCCACCAAAAUAAUGACCACUUCGUUGCUUCUAUCUCUUUUAUUCAGCUUUGUAGUACUUGCCUCAGCUGCCAACUUUAACCAAGACAUCGAUGUUACUUGGGGUGAUGGCAGGGGCAAGAUUCUCGAAAACGGAAACCUUCUCACUCUCACCCUAGACAAAUUCUCCGGCUCUGGUUUUCAAUCCAAGAACCAAUAUCUGUUUGGGAAGAUCGAUAUGAACAUUAAACUGGUCCCAGGCAACUCUGCUGGCACUGUUACCACUUACUAUCUUCGUUCGGAAGGGUCGACAUGGGAUGAAAUCGACUUCGAGUUCUUGGGGAACCUAAGCGGAGACCCAUACAUAGUCCACACCAAUGUAUAUACACAAGGCAAAGGUGACAAAGAGCAACAGUUCUACCUCUGGUUCGAUCCCACCAAAGACUUCCACACCUACUCCCUUCUUUGGAACCCUCAACGUAUUAUCUUCUCUGUUGAUGGGACUCCGCUCAGAGAGUUCAAGAACUUGGAAUCGAUGGGCGUUGCGUUCCCAAAGAGCCAGCCGAUGAGAGUGUAUUCGAGUCUUUGGAACGCUGAUGAUUGGGCCACUCGAGGUGGUCUUGUUAAGACAGAUUGGAGCCAAGCUCCUUUCACUGCUGCUUACAGGAAUUACAAGGCUGAUGCAUGUGUCUGGUCCUCCGGGAAAUCAUCAUGUUCCUCCACCUUGCCCUCUCAAAAUUCAUGGCUAUCGCAAGAACUGGAUAUAACGAGCCAACAAAGACUAAAAUGGGUUCAGAAAAAUUACAUGAUCUACAGUUACUGCACUGACACCAAGCGAUUCCCUCAGGGACUUCCCAAAGAAUGCAGUGUUCAUUAACAGGGAUUCUAAAUUUGUUAUAGUAGAGAUUUUAUUGGUUAAAUUUGUGAAUGUUCUUUAAAUCUUUGUUCACUAGUGAGUAAUAUACUUAAAGACAGAUAUUGUGUGUAUUUGUUCUAUGUUCAGUAACGUGUAAUCUAAGUUCAAUAAUAAAUGUUAUUAUAGUACUUUCGGCA